CAGCUCGGGGAUUUGAACCGUUACUAGUCCAACGCUCUAACCACUAGGCUACCCUGCCGCCACUGUUAACGAGUUACGCUACUGAUAUGUCACAGCUAACUUUUAUGUGUAGAUUUUAAGCGAUUUAAACAGCAUCACACAUACCAGCUAGCGUUUAGCUAGCAUCUGUCCUGUAUAUCAGCCAAUCAUGGGUUAGCCUACUUCAGCUGUAUUAAUACAUUUUGUACUGAAGUCGGAAAUGAAGUAUGUCCACAGUCCAGUCACAUCUGACACGAUAUGAGACGUGACAAGCAGACAGUCAGGCUAGCUUUUCACCAGAGCCAUGCCAGGGGCAGCGCGUUCCUUUCAUUGCAGCUGAUGCGGCGUUCCAAGCGCAUGCGACACCCUGAUGGCUGGGUUGAUGAGUAUAGCUAUGAGGAGAAGCAGGACAUUCGCAAACGGCAGAGGCGAAGUUCCCAUAGCAGUGACCGGGAAAAGAGACCGAGGCGGUACCACCACGACAAAACAUACGAAAGGUGUCACCUUGACUCUAAGAAGCUGGAGCGCAGAGCCCAGGAGCCCAGUGUGGAGCGAGAGAGCCAUGGGGACAAGGAGAGGGAUGGGGCCAAGGGUGAGACGUGUAAGGAGCGGAGGAACAGAGACUGGCACCACUACAGCAAAUCCUCCGCACGCAGUGGCCGUAGCCACCAGAGCUGUCGCACACGACACCGCUCCCGCCGUCACAGCCAGGGGCGCUCAGACUCGAGGAGUCACCGCAGGAAGAGAUCCAGAAGUUUUGAGGAUGAUGAGGAGGGUCACCUGAUCUAUCACAAUGGACUCGUACUAAAAGCAAGAUAUGAGAUUGUAUCCACUUUAGGAGAAGGGGCUUUCGGGAAAGUGGUGGAAUGUAUCGACAACCCGAAUGAUGACACAAGGGUGGCACUGAAGAUCAUUAAGAACAUUGAUCGUUACCGGGAGGCUGCCAUGUCUGAGGUAGAGGUGCUGGAACAGAUGAACUCCCUGGAUGACGAGAGAACCUUUGGCUGUGUGCGUAUGCUGGACUGGUUCGAUUACCAUGGCCACAUCUGCAUUGUGUUUGAGCUUCUGGGUCUCAGCACUUUUGACUUUCUGAAGGAGAACGGCUUCAUGCCUUUCACUGUGGACCAGAUCAGACACAUGGCCUACCAGAUCUUCAGAGCUGUGUCCUUUCUCCAUCGAAAUAAACUGACCCAUACUGACCUGAAGCCAGAGAACAUUCUCUUUGUCAAUUCUGACUAUGACAUGGAAUACAAUGCCAAAAUGAAACGGGAUGAGAGAACUUUGAAGAACCUAGAUGUGAAAGUGGUGGAUUUUGGUAACGCCACCUUUGACCAUGAGCACCACACCUCUGUGGUCUCCACCCGCCAUUACAGAGCACCGGAGGUCAUCCUUGAGCUGGGGUGGAAUCAGUCAUGUGAUGUGUGGAGUCUGGGCUGCAUUCUCCUAGAGUACUAUCUUGGGUUAACACUGUUCCAGACGCAUGACAGCAAAGAACACCUGGCCAUGAUGGAGAGGGUUCUGGGGCCCAUACCUGUCCACCUACUACAGAAAACUAAGAAGCGGCGGUAUGUGCAUCAUGACCGGCUGGACUGGGAUGAAAACAGUUCCUCAGGGAGAUAUGUGAGGAAGCACUGCAAACCACUCAAGCAAUACAUGUCCUCCAGGAGCUCAGACCACGAACAGCUAUUUGACCUGAUCCACAGUAUGAUGGAGUAUGACGUGUCCAGGAGGCUCACCCUGGAAGAGGCCAUCUGGCAUCCAUUCUUCCACCCCAUGAGGAAGGAGAGGAAAAAGUGACCCUGAAGACCACAUCACUCACUACUCUACAUUUCUCUACUCCAAGGGAGACUUCUAUAGACUGCAUCAGUCCGCUAUCUAUGAGAUUAUUACCCUUGUUUACAUACCGAUUGAGUUUACCUGCCUGCUUCCUUCAGAUUUAAUUUAUUUAACUUGUGAAUCCUCUUGAUCCCCUUUGAUUUGUGAAUAAAUUUGUUUACUAUGUUCUCAAAA